AAAAAAAGAGAAUUUCACCAUCACUCUCUCUCGCAGACCCCAUUCUCUUCAAUAUCGCUCACUGCCUCCAAACCCAAACUGAACUCAGCCGUUUCCGCGCCGUCUGCAGCUCGUUCCGCUUCGCCGUCCUUCUCCCCUCUCCGAAACUUGCUCCCGUUCAUUAUUACUAUGACCCUGGAAUCUCCGACCCCCCUUUGCAGCUCAUCAUUGCCGAAUCCACUGUCUAUGCCUUGCAACCCCUUUCCCACGAGGCGCCUCCUUGGAUAGUCAAAGUUGAAAAAUCUAGCCAGGCGAAAUCCUGGGUCCACGACCCCUUUUCUCGCCGCCAUUUUGAAGAACACGUUCUUGAAAUGUUGCCUCAGUCAGUGAACUUGCUGGAAUAUCGUGUGCAGGAAAUGGGUAAAGGCUAUAGAAUUGACUGGGUUCUGGAUGAACAUCCGAGACGGUUUAGUGGGUGGAAAUAUAUUUUGUUACAAAAAGUUUGCUGUCUCUGCAGAUAAUGAUGAGUUAGCAGUUAUGGUUUUUCUGAAUUUGGAAUUGAUGGUUUGGAGGAGCUGUGAUAAGAAAUGGGUCAACUUGGGUUUUGGUGAUGUUGAUGUUCAGGAUAUUGUUUAUUAUAAGAAGCAGUUUCAUGUGGUGAUGUCAAAUGGGCAUAUUUUAAGCGUUAAUCCGAAGUCUUUGGAGCUAGACGCAGAAGAGCAAGAGUGGAUUGAAGUGAAGGAUUUGGAGGGUAGAGCAUUGUUUCUGUUUGAUGGAGGUAGCUUAUUUAUUUUGUCUAAAGAUUUUCCGGCAAUAAAACCAAAUUGUGUUUAUAUGGGUGAAACUGGUUUCUUUGUGGUUACAUAUGAUUUCCCCGGGAUGUAUGCUUCAAGUUUCAACUUCAGUGACGGUAGUAAUAAGUGGCUCGUAUCAUUUCCUGAAUCUUCUGAGAUUUUUGGGCCUGCACCAGCUUGCCUCUUCCCUGAAUGUAAGGUUUUUUCUUUUAAAAUUGUAUAUUGUAUAGCACUAGCUGUGUUGAAUUCGCAGGAGCGGACUUAUGUUUAUGGUUCAUUCUGUAUUUAUUUAUUGCAAUGACAUAUUAGAUUCUUAUUUGUUUGACUAGAUUGAAGGCUCUUUAACAAGAUUAUGUAAGCAUUGAAAAUGCAGAUUUAAAAAGCAUAUCAAAAUUGUAUGUUAGUUGGAUCUGC